UUCUUCUGUUUGAUAUUUUGAUUUUGAAAAAGUCAAAGUAAUAAAGUUCAUCAAGCUAUAGUCGCUAAUUGCUUAUUCAUUAAUCUAACAAUCACACAGAUGUUUUGAGCUUAUUGAAAUAUAAAUUAAUAAAUUAACCAUUUUAGCUGCACACUAUUGUUAUGUGAAUAUUUUGUUCCGUAAAUUAAUCAACCUAUAAUGUUUCAAUGUAUUAAAGGAAGCAUUUGUCUCUCCUGGAUUUUAACUCUUAAUUUAAUAUUUUCCGUUUUAACUCGUAGUCAAACUGUUAUAGCUGGCCAUCUAUCCCGCACGCCUCAUAACCUUUCAUGUUAUGAGUGUAAUACCUUAAAUCAUGGAGAUACAUGCCGAAAUCUUCAAUACAACAACUCAGCACUACAGAGAUCCUGUAAAACAAGUCAGAUGUUUUGUUCUGUUAUUCUAUUUCGAUAUUCUGCUGAUUCUAGUGAGUAUUUCUUUUGGUCUAUCGAGCGACGUUGUGAAGAAACAUGUCAUGAAGGUUGCAACACUGUUGGUGAGCGGGUGAAGCUUUUUCUCUGUCGAUCUUGCUGCAAUAAAUAUCUCUGCAAUUAUGGCAAUUUUGGAACAGAAAAUGCUACCCCAAAUGAUAAAUAUUUAAUUUUAAUUGCAGGAAUGGCACUAUACAGAUAUUUUACAUUUUUUAAAUCCUUGGAAACUUUGCUUUAAGAGAUUGUCCUUAAUUAUAAUCACAUAUAAUAUUUAUGUAUAUGACCUCUUCAUAAUGAUGUGUAAUUUACCUGAGCCUGAGAGAUUUUUAAAGUGUACAUUUAAAUAUUUUUCUGGUAAUGGAUGUCUUUAAGAACUUUACAUUUUGUUAAAAGUAGAAAAAUAUUUGUAAAAAGUUGUAACAACUAUUGAUUUAAGUCUUAUAUUUUUAAG